UCUAUGGUAUGGGGACCGAACCCGCGAGUUCCAGUCAUGGACCUCGAGGUCAGUUAGAAGGCGACCCGGAAUUGCAGGGGUUGGCGGGAAAAUGAGAGCCCUUUGCGGACGGAAAAUGCAACUUUGUAUCAGAAUCAGAAUGCAGAGGAAUUGUUCGCUUCGAUUGUUUGUACCAUAGUCGUCGUCUUGAUAGGCUUUACGGUAAUGGCGCAGACAGAAACCCUAGGUAUACUCGAAGAUAUUGAGUCCCUCGUCUCGGAUAAGCUCCAAGUGGUAUCUUACAAAUGGCUAAGUCGCAAUUAUAUGGUGUCAUCUGAUGCUGCAAAGAAGUUACUUCAGGAGUUUGUUCAAAAGCAUGGAACUGGAUUUGAAGUGAUAUACAAGUUGUCUGGCUGGUUAAAGAAUGAUUCUCCAAGUUACCAUGUAAGGCUUGUUGCUGGGCCAAAGCUUGCAGAAGUACAAAAGGAAUUUGAUGGUAAUUGCUCAGUUCAGGUUUAUAGUGUGCAAGCUAGCAUUCCAAAGGAUCCAGCUGUGCUAUGGAAUGCAGAAUUCGUUCAAGCAGAGGAGCUCUUCAAGCAGCCUUCCUCAGUAGACAAUUGUUUGAGAGAUAACAGGUUCUGUGGGAUUUCAAAUUCUUUUGUUCGACGGAAUGCGGACAGCCCACAAUCAUUUCCUGCUGCUCAACAGGCAAAACCUGCAGCAGACCUGGGUGUACCGGAGUCCAUUCCCAAAGUUGCUCCAAAAUCACAUAAUGUGCUGAAAGAUGUCAAAAGUGAAAGCAACAGUACAGUCAAUGCAAGAAUGUCUGAGCAUGUCAAUAAGCCUGAAGAUAAAGAAAAGUCCUUCCCCUUGCCCACAGUAAAAAAGAAAGUGCAAGCUGAUAAAAGCUCUGCUUCUGGAGGUUCACUGGCAAAUCUAUGGGGUCGUGCAGCUGCAAAAUCCAAGCCUUCAUCUGUGCCUGUAGAAAAUAGUAAUGCAGUGUCAAAUUCUAUCGUUGCUAGUGCAGAAGCCCAAAUCAGUGCUCGUGAAGGAGGAGAUGUUGGCAGCAGUGAUAAUGAUAGUCAAGAUUUUACCUUGAGGAAAUCAUCCGCUAGUGAACGUUCCAGGAAAAGGAGGGUUGUCCUUGAUUUCUCAGAUGAAGAUGAGGAAGAUGUUAUUAGUCUAGCAUCACCUGAAUUACCAAAAGGACUGACAUCACAGGACCACAAACAUGAUGAUAAAGGUUCAUCAGAGAAUGGCACUUCAAACAACUUGCAAAUUGACAAUAAGUGUAAGGUCAAGGAAGAGAGCACAAACCAAUCACCGAGGGAAGAUAGUUCAGUUAUCAGCAAGUGCACUAGUAUUGGGAAGUCAUCUGCUGAUAAAACUCAAAAGUAUGCUCCUGAAGUUGGUGUAAAUAAGAAGGAUAAUCUAGACAAUACUGCUCCUUGUUCACCUAAGAGGAGAAAAGUGUUGAAAACAAGGAUUGAUGAACGCGGGAGAGAAGUAACGGAAGUUGUCUGGGAGGGGGAGGAAACAGAAGCAAAGAAAGCUGAUAAUGCUACCACAAAGAAAGAUGACAAGGAUGCAUCUACCACUACUGUCAACAGGGUUCCGGCAGCUAAAAAGUCAUCAGCAAAUGCCACUCCUAAUCCUACUGGAAAAGGAGGAAACAAGAAAUUAGGAAACCCGAAGGAUCCUAAACAAGGCAAUAUUCUUUCAUUCUUCAAAAAAGUUUGAAAGUUUUGGAGAAUCAUCAUGAUGAAGAGACUGUCCUUUCGGCAGGACCAUUCUCUAUGCAAGUCUCUUCAUGAUUGUGAGGGUUUUGCAGUCUUCAGAUCUGUUUCUGUUUUGGUUGCUAGUUUCACUGGAACCUGAAAGCGGGAUAACGUACCUUUAUUUUCUAGUCGUAACAAGAUGUGUAUGGUUUCCUUGCGUAUUCUUGAUGCAACUGAUAGAUUGAACUCCCAUGUGUGUAGUUGUUUACAAUCCAAUAGUUGUCAAAAUGAUGGACCAAACUCAAAAGUCCAGCAUGAUAGAGUAGUUCUGGAUGCUAGGCUGCUUAAGAAAUUAGAUAUACUUGUGCUUUCAGGUAAAAGGUAUCUAAUGUGCGAAAUGACAAGCGGAGAUGGUGUCCAAUUACGACAGGCAUUUGUUCAACUGGUCAUGUAAAUACGGUUUGAGAGUCCACUAGAAAAUAAGAUUCAACAUUUCAGAUUUCAUUUUA